AUGGGGAGUCCAAAUGAUCAGGCAGUGCUGCAGGCCAUCUUCAACCCUGAUUCCCCGUUUGGAGAUGUCAUUGGCUUGGACCUAGAAGAAGCAAAGAAAGAGGAUGAAGAUGGAGUUUUCCCUCAAGCACAGUUGGAGCAGGCCAAGGCCCUGGAGCUGCAGGGAGUGAGGGCCGCCGAAGCUGGGGACCUCCACACAGCCCUGGAGAGGUUUGGCCAAGCCAUUGGCCUGCUGCCUGAGAGAGCCUCUGCCUACAACAACCGGGCUCAAGCCCGGCGGCUCCAGGGGGAUGUAGCAGGCGCCCUGGAGGACUUGGAGCGCGCGGUGACAUUGAGUGGCGGCCGGGGUCAUGCCGCCUGCCAGAGCUUCGUGCAGCGCGGGCUGCUGGCGCGAUUGCAGGGCCGGGACGACGACGCCCGCAGGGACUUCGAGCAGGCGGCGCGACUGGGCAGCCCGUUCGCGCGGCGCCAGCUGGUGCUGCUCAACCCGUACGCCGCGCUGUGCAACCGGAUGCUGGCCGACAUGAUGGGGCAGCUGCGCGCGCCCACCAAUGGGCGCUGA